UAGGAGUUAGUCCGAGAAGAGACUGCCCUUCAGCCAGUGUCCUACUGUCUGCUUGUGUCUGUGUGUCUGUCUGUGUGACAGCGGAGCCACCCGAGCAGCAAUACAGAAAUUUUAUGAAUAAGCACCAGAAGCCAGUGCUAACAGGCCAACGGUUUAAAACCAGAAAGAGGGAUGAAAAAGAGAAAUUUGAGCCUACAGUAUUUAGGGAUACCAUUAUUCAAGGCCUCAAUGAAGCAGGGAACGAUUUGGAAGCAGUAGCAAAAUUCCUCGAUACAACAGGAUCAAGACUUGAUUACCGCCGCUAUGCUGAAACCCUGUUUGAUAUCCUGAUUGCUGGAAGCAUGCUGGCUCCGGGAGGAAGCCGUAUUGAUGAUGGAGACAAAACUAAGCAGACCAAUCACUGUGUGUUUGCAGCUGAAGAGGACCAUGAAACCAUGCGAAAUUAUGCUCAGGUUUUCAGGAAAUUGAUCAGAAGAUACAAGUAUUUGGAAAAAGCUUUUGAAGACGAAAUUAAAAAGCUCCUUCUUUUCCUAAAAGCAUUUUCAGAAUCAGAGCAAACAAAGUUGGCUGUGCUCACAGGAAUAUUAUUAGCCAGUGGAACUCUCACGUCCGUCAUCCUAACAAGCCUCUUCACUGAGAACAUAGUGAAAGAAGGCAUUUCUGCAUCAUUUGCAGUCAAACUUUUCAAAGCAUGGAUGGCCGAAAAGGACGCCACUGCCGUGACCUCGGCUUUAAGAAAAGCGAAUCUAGACAAGCGAUUACUGGAGCUGUUUCCAGCAAACAAGCAAAAUGUAGAGCACUUUGCCAAGUAUUUCAAUGAUGCUGGCCUGAAAGAGCUCUCUGAUUUCCUGCGGGUCCAGCAGACUUUAGGAACACGCAAAGAGCUCCAAAAGGAGCUACAGGAGCGUCUCUCUCAGGAAUGUCCUAUAAAAGAGGUAGUGCUGUAUAUGAAAGAGGAAAUGAAGCGAAAUGAAUUACCAGAAAUGGCAGUGAUUGGACUCCUGUGGUCUUGCAUCAUGAAUGCCGUGGAAUGGAACAAAAAAGAGGAGCUGGUUGCAGAGCAGGCUCUAAAACAUUUGAAGCAUUAUGCACCGUUGUUGGCUGUAUUUAGCACUCAAGGCCAAUCAGAACUCAUCCUACUGCAGAAGAUCCAGGAAUACUGUUACGAUAACAUUCAUUUUAUGAAGGCGUUCCAGAAAAUUGUAGUUCUUUUCUACAAAGCUGAUGUCUUGAGUGAAGAGGCAAUUUUGAAAUGGUACAAAGAAGCACAUGUUGCUAAAGGCAAGAGCGUCUUUCUUGACCAGAUGAAGAAAUUUGUUGAGUGGCUGCAAAAUGCAGAAGAAGAAUCAGAGUCAGAAGGCGAAGAUAACUAAACAGUGAAAAUAAAAGCACAACUUUGGAUAUUUAUUGGACAUCUGCUGGAAUUUCUGUUCAAUCCGAACAAGAGAGGCUUUAAUGCUAUAUCUAACACAAUAUUGCCUAGCAGUUCCCCCUGUGUAUAGGAAAAGUAUUCCGAAUUCAGCUCUCAGGCAUUAAGCACCUCUUUUGGAACUCUACCUCUGGCUUACGUUACACGAUUUUAGGCAAAGCCAUUCAGCCAAGGGCCAUAUGGGAAGAGAGGAAUGGGAUAUCCUUGGACUCCUUUUAUUAGUCUUUUCAGACACCACAUGAAUAAACUCCCUACUGAACAGUUAGUUGUGAUAGUAGCUCAGUAUUGCUUGUGUAUGUAACCCGAGGUCGAGAGAUUUUUUUUUCUUUGGAAUAAAAGCUUUUUAUCUUAA